AUGUCGUGUAGAAGAGGCGAGCGCGCACGCUUUAUUGGUUGUCACAUCGGUUCCCCGGCUUUGAGCGGCUGUGGUAAUGGGUGUUGCCGCUCUUGGGGGCCCGAAGGGAUCGAGGAGAACGAACGCAUCAACUACUUGACCGGGUGGGCGCCGGAGACUUCCCGCUGGCCUGACUCGCCUGACUCAAAAUACGCACAUCCCUGCACCAACCCUGGCCGUCCGAGAUACGUUUGCUUCACCUGCCGUCGAACGUUCAAGCCUGCAGUCAUCCCAGGCAAUGAGUACAAGAACGCCUCGUUCUUGCGUGAAGAGUGGCUUGUGAGGCCUGGACGAGAGAGCGUGGAGAUACGGGCUGUGGGGCAAGCGCGACGAAGACUGAUAGGUCGGAAUACAGAAGAGUAUCGAAGGGUACUGAAGGAGGAAUCUGCAAUAUCCGGGCAACUCUCGCGCGGAGAGCGACCAGACGAGGCCAUUACGGAGAAGCUUAAGGCUGUGAACCCAGAUCUAUGGUGGAAGCGCCUCGGUUCACGCUGUCCGGGCUGUGGUGGCGACGGCCAGCCAGUCGGAAGCACGUUCCGCGCUCCCAAACGGGACGAUCUCGCAGCCUGGCAUAUUGCUCGGCACCGCGUAGAAGCCGGCGACGAGUUCCGCUUCUGUGCUACGAAGGAGGACGACGCAGAGCUACGAGUGGAGGCGGCGCGAAUCCGGCGGCGCAAUGCGCAAAGCCAGGCAUGGGACCGAGAGAAGCUCAGGAGACAGCACGAUCUUGGGCUAUCCGUACAAAGGCUCGUAUCGAACGAAAGCACCCGGUCUCGUCGCGUGUAG